AUGACCGGGUAUAUCGGGUUAAUGAUUAUCGUCAAGGCGCUCCAAAUCAUCAAUGCUCUUGAGUUCACCAAGAUGCGAGAUUUCUGCGAGUGUUCGAGCGGUAUGGAUGAGCGACUUCACUUCCUCCCGGACGCAAAACUGCAGAGUGGCAAAAUCGGAGAGGUGUGGUUGGAGGAGUGGUUAGAGACUCGUCAACUAUAUGCGGACUACAAUGUGGAUGCGUUCCAAUCCUCACGACUUAGCUUAGAAAUGGCGAUUCACCAAGUAGAUGUGACGCUCAGUUGGAUAUCUGAUACAGCCUACUUUGAGACGGAAGGAGAUGAUGCUUGGCUCUCUAUCGGCAACAACAAGCUGCAAUUCGCUCGCAAGGCAAGUCUUUUACAUGACAUGAUCAUGCUCAACCUAUUAAAUUUGCAGAAAAGUGUAGUCCUCCGAAGGAGCUCUGGUUACGUCUCCAUCUUUGAAAACGGACCACGUCUGAAAGUUGUGGAAUCAAGUACCGAAUUGAAACUUGGAGGAGGAAUGGCGGUAGCAAAUGAUUUGCUGUUUGAUUGGAGAUCAUUCCCGAACCCAACAGCUAUGUGGAGCGAGACGGAUGGGUGCAUUUUCUACGAAGCAACAGACAAUGUUGAGGGAUUGAGGGUUGAGAUGAUUGAUGGAGUGUUUGCGUUGCACAAGGCAUUUGUUAUAUGA